AUGCCUGAAGUUUCAUCGCGCGGAGGAUCCUCACGUGGUGUUGUAAACUCCUCUAGGGGAACGAAAAAGGGACAAAAACAGCGAGAAGAAGCAUCUGAUCAUGAAAUGAGCGAUGAUGACUCUGGAAGGAGGGAGGAGCCUGAAGAACGUCAAAAGAAGCCUGUCUCAAUCAAGAAGAGCAAGAAACCUCAAGGAGGUCGCGCUCCACCGAAAAGGGAUCGGAUGGGGGUUCACAAGAGACUUCAGCUUCACUUUCCAGUCGGUCGCAUCGGGAGGUAUUUGAGGAAAGGACACUUUUCUAGAAGGGUUGGUCGAGCUGCACCAGUAUUCAUUGCUGCUGUACUCGAUUACAUGGUGGGAGAAUUAGUUGAAAUAGCGUGUGAUGCGGCUAGAACCCAGAAGAAGACAACUGUCAAGCCGCGUCAUAUUCAACUUGCAAUUAGAGAAGAUCUCGAAUUUUGUCGCUUACUUGGAGAAGUCACAAUCACUCAAGGAGGAAAUGGAGGAAAAGUCAACAUUGCGCCUGUCUUGCUUCAAUCAAUGCACCCAAUACGCAAGGGCGUUGAACAUGAAGAUGCAGAAAUGAGUGUGAAUAAUGAGAAAAAGCGAAAUGAUGAGAGCGAUGGAGAAGAACCACCAGAAGAAAGUGAGGAAGAUGCAAAUGAGAAUGAAGAAGAAGAAGAAGAUGAUGAAGGGUCACAAGAAUACUGA